AUGAAGGGAUUUCCUGGUAACUUUCCAACGGAUAAUUGUGAUAAAAAUUUCAAACCGUGGACUGAGUUAGAGAAUGGCGCCUGGAUGAUCAUCAAGGACGGAGGGGCCAACUGUUCGGCGAGAUGUUUCGAAGGAGUGCGUGCCAGUUCGAAAGUAGUUGUCGGCGAGUGGUUGGAACCUGGAUACGUGGAUUGUGAAUUCCUGGAAGCAGUUUGUUGGGAAAAUGGAGGAGAGGAAGUCUAUGGAUACAUUCAUACACAGAUUAAACCAAACUCAACGACUCCACCCCCUUCCCUCUUCCCAAAUCCCCCAAACGUCUUCGUAUUCACAAUUGAUUCGAUGAGUUUCGGAUCAGCGAAACGGUCACUUCCCAAGUUUCUCAACUACUUUCAAUCCGAAUUCCAAGCAGUCGAGUUUCCAUUCGUGAAUAAAGUCGGUGAGAACAGUAAACCCAACGGAAUCCCUCUUUGGUUCGGCAAAUCAAUAUCCGGAGGGCGGAAAGUGAACUGGGAGGAGAUAGUACCCGAUUGGAAUAGGACAGAGUUCUGUGACAGGUAUCUGGAUAACGAGACACAUAUAUUCAAACAGUUCAAACAGCACGGGUAUACGACCCUCCAAAUGGAAGAUUGGGUGGAAACAAUGAUCGACUCGUUCCCUAGUUGUCAAGGAUUCUAUGAGCGGCCAGCGGAUCACAUAUUUCGACCAUUUUCCGCGUUUCGUGCCAAAUACGGAAUGAACAUCACAAGGAAACAUUUGAAUGGAAAAUUAUGUAGACAGAAUCAUCAUGCCAUCAUGGAUCUUCUGCAACAGGCUAUCACUGCUUAUAGUGACCGCCCAUUAUUCUCGUGGAUAUGGCUUAUUGACAUCGGUCAUGACUACUCUAAUGGCCCCUAUCGAAUGGAUCAAUACCUUAUCGAUUAUUUCGAGAAUAAUCGACAAGUUUUCGACGACUCCUUUGUCUUCUUCGUUUCUGAUCACGGCUUCCGAAUGGGAGUCAUGACGGAAAUUGGGUUAUUUGAACGGAGUAAUCCAUAUUUGGCAAUAUCGAUACCGAAGAAGUAUCGAGAUGAGAAGAAUGGGAUGUUGGAAAUGAUGAGAGUGAAUUCCAGACAAUUACAGACUCAUUUCGAUACGAGAGCAACGAUGUUGGAUAUUCUUAUGGUCCCCUCGCUCAUUGAAUAUGGCUACAGUACCCUCUGGAAUACGUAUGAAAUCGAAGUGAAGACGGCGGAACCGAGUGCAGUCCAUUUUCAGACAAUGGUGACGUACGACCCAAAGACAGAAACAAUGAAUUUCGAGAAAGUGGUCAGAUUGGAUAAAUACGGGGACACUGCCGACUGUACUGCCAGUGUACGUCUCGAACCGUUGUGUCAUUGUAAGAAAUGA